UGUUCCUAUAUUCUAAACACUAACUUGGUUCACCUGUUUCGCCUUCACCAGACCACAUUAUAUUUUAUAAUCCCACAGUCCACAAUUUUACUGAAAUGACAAAACAAAGGGAUUAAAAUAAUAAGAAGCCUCAGAGCAUCUCCUUUCCUUUAUAAAUCACAAUCUCAUGCAUCUGAUCAAACACAACUACCAAACCUUAUUCCCAUUUUCUCUGAACCCAAACACGGCCAAAAUGGUCUUCCUAGAAACUGUUCAAACUACUCCUAAAUCCACUGAACAGUCUUCAAGUCCCCGGAUUUCUUUCUCUUCUGAAUUCCUCGAUGAGAAGAAUUUCAUCUCCAUUAGCCCAAAUCCCCUGGGCGAGAAAGAUGAAGAAAUGGAGAUGGAUAAAGCAAGAAAUGCAGAAUUCGAGUUCUUAUCAAGCAAUAUGAGUAGCCAUACAAUGCUAACUGCAGACGAGCUUUUCUUUGAAGGGAAGCUCCUUCCCUUCUGGCAAAUACAGCAUGCAGAAAAGCUUAAUAAGAUCAGUCUCAAAGUGAAAGACACAAAGGCAGAAGAAGAGGUGGAAAAGGAGAGGAAUACAAGGGUAAGUUGGUUUGUUGAUGAUGACCCAUCUCCAAGGCCACCAAAGUGCACUGUUUUAUGGAAAGAGCUAUUAAGGUUGAAGAAACAACGUGCUUCCUCUUUAUCACCAUCUUCUUCCUCAUCAUCUUCGUCUUCUUCUAGCUCCCUUGCCGACAUAACUACACAAGAUGAAGGGAAGCAUGGCUCGAGGAACAUAGAGAAGCAUGUAAAGAGGAUAAAGAAAGGAUUGGAGAGGACAAGAUCAGCUAGUUUUAGAAUAAGGCCUAUGAUUAAUGUGCCGAUUUACACACAGGUAAAGAGCACUUCCUUGCCACCUCUGUUUCCACUCAAGAAGGGAAGACUAGAGAGGUGAAGAGAGAAAUUAGCAGCUGAAGUUCCAUUUGGUCUCUGCAGAGUUGUUCUACAUAUGUUCAUCACUCUCAUUUCUUUUCUUUUCUUUUUUUCUUUUCAUUAGAUAUAUAUAUUCUUCUCUGUUUUCGAGUUUAGAUUAAUGUUAAUUAUGGUGGAUCCUUGUGGAUUUGAAGUGUGGACAACGUAAAUGCUGGCUAUUUUUGCUUGUCGGAUGAUAUUAGCAUUAAUUUUAGUUGCAUAUUCCCUUUUCUAUCA